AUGGAAAUUAUCUACGCGGUAGAUGCUAAGAUGACAAAUGAUGGUGAAGAAUUUGAACGUAUAUUAGCAAUGGAUAUAUCUUGUAUGAAUAUUCUUGCUUGUUCAACUUAUUAUUUAUUGGCAUCAAGUAAACUUAAAUAUAGUUCACAUCUUGUUUCAACACCUUUACAACAAGCAGCAAAAUCUUCAUUUUGUGUUUAUGUUUGUGCACUUGAACAACCAUGGCAUUUUGGUUUAAUAGCAACAUCAAUUGUACCUAUUGUUCAUAUUGUUUGGAGUCUUGAUGGAACACAUUUACUUGUUUGUAAUCAAACAGGACUCUGUCGAAUAUUUAAAAUGAAAAAUGGUUGUAUUAAUACAAUGGAUAAUCUAUAUCAAUAUGAAAUAAAUGAAGAUAUUCUCAUCGCAAAAUAUAUUUUUCAUAAAGAACCAAUAGUCGUUAAUCUUGAUAGAAAAGAUUCAUUAUUUUAUGGAAAAGAAGAUGGUCAAUCACCGAUGUUACCAUAUGCACUUAAUACAGGCAAUUUUGUAUGUGUAACAACAUCAGGAACGGUUCAUACAUUACCACUUAAUCGAUUAUUACCACCAUAUCGUUAUUUUCUUUCUCCAAAUGAUCCACUUAGUGUAUCUCUAUGUGAUAUAUCAUCAACAGAUAAAGGUUUUAAUGUUAUUCUUGGUGAACGUAUACAAGGUGCACUUAUACAUUUUUUUGUUGUUCAUUAUGAAACAUUAGAACCUAAAUUAUCUUAUAUAUCAUGUCGACGUCGUGGUUUUCGUAUACCAUCAUGUUAUGGUACACUUGAAUCAUUAAUUUAUUUUCAACGUAAUGGAAAUGAUUGUAUUCUAACACAUAUGACAACAUUUCAUGGUGAUUUAAUUGAUUUUUAUGAAUAUAAUCUUGAACAAGAAGAAUGGAUAUCAAUAACACUACUUAAUUCACCACAAUUUCAUAUUACAUCAAUAGCAUUAUCACCAAGUCAAUUAUUAAUUAAAGAUAAUGAUUUUCAAGGACAUUUUGGUCGACAAAUACUCAUUGCAUUAAGUGAUGGAUCAAUACUUACAUAUGAUAAAUUAAAUUUAAAAUGUAAAGAACAAUGUUUUCCAAUGAAUAAUGUUGAUUUAUUUACACAAUCUAAUAUUAAUAAAUCAGAAUAUUUUGUUCGAAUACAACAUACAUAUUCAGGAUCAUGCUGUCUUGGUUUUACUCAAAGUGGUAUUAUUAUUCUUCUUCGUACAAUUAAUCUUGAUCAUGCAUCAACACCAUCUAUGAUUAAUGUACUUGUUCAUUUAUUUGAACAAUAUAUUGUUCAAAUUCCUAAUCCAAUUGAUAUUUGGGAUAUAUUAUGUCUUAUAUCAAAUCCAAAUUAUGAUAAUUCAAUAAUAAAUGAACUUGUUGAUCAAUUAGUAAUACGUUAUGAUGAACAAACAAUUGAAUAUAAACGUAAUUAUUUUAUUCGUUUUAAACAAUGUCUUUAUCAUUUACAUCGUUUAUCAUGUCCAUUUUCAAUUGAUAAUUGUGAACAUUUAACUAGUUUACUUGUUUAUCAUAUAUUACUUAUUGUUCGUGAUUAUCUUCGUUUAUUUAUAUAUGAACCAACAAAUAGAAAUUUUGUUGAAUCAGCACAAGAUAUACUUCAACAAACAUUAUUUAUACAAAAUAUUGAUAUAAAACGUAUUAAAUAUUUAGGUGAUCAACCUAUGACAAUUGAUUCAAUAACAAUUGAUCCAAGACAUUAUCAAUUAAUCUCAUUUACAUCAUUAAUUAAUUGGAUAUCAGAUAUUAUUUUUUAUCUUAUUGGUUAUUUACAAUUACAACAAAUACCACAAUGGUUAACAUUUAAACAUUUUUUUAAUGAUUCAAGACAAAUACAAUGGCUAAGAGAAUUUAUUAUUUAUUUUUAUAUACUUAAUAAAAUGAAUAAAAUUCCAUAUAGUAAAAUAGCACAUAUACAACCGAUAUCACAAACUGUACAAACAUCACAAGAUUCACAACAACAACAACAACAACAAACAACAAAUCAAUCUACACAAAAAGAUGUUUUAAAAGAUAUUUAUAAUAGUUUAUCUAAACUUAUUCAAAAACUUGAAGUUCAAAAAAUAGGUAAUUUUGAUGAAUCUCUUCUUGAAGAGUUCUCAGUAUUAGAUAUUGAAAUAUUACAAUCAAAAGCAGAUGAUUUGUUUCCAAAACCAUAUCCAUUUUUAAUACAAAAUUCACGUUUACCACAAACAUUUAUUCGUGGUCAACCACCAUCAUUUGCUACACAUCCCUAUGGAAAUCCAGUAACAAUUGAUACAUUAGGUGGUAGUCAGUUAUCAUCAACAUUAUCAUCUUAUACUAGUACAAUUUUAAAUGAUGAUAAUUUACAAGAUGUUAAAUUAGAUAUAAUUACUUUAAAUAAAAUGUCAUUAUCAACAUGUUCAAUAUUUCGUCGAUGUUUACGUUGUUCAAAUUUUUCAAGAGUUUUUAAAACUAAACCAUAUCCAUUUCUAGCUUAUCGUCUAAAUAAUCGAUGUUUAUGUGGUGGAUUAUUUCUUUUUUAUACUCGACCAUCAUCAAUAAUCAAUAAUAAUAGCAGUAAUAAUACUAAUGAAACAUCAACUACGGCUACAGCCAGAUAA